CUUUUUUUUUCCCAUCCACAACAUUUCGUGUGCCUCUCAUUCAAUUUGUCAGAAAAUUGCAAUUUACGACAUUGUUCAAAGCACAUUAAAGCACCAGAGGUCCACCCGAGAAAGUCCAGGAUGUCCGAAGAGUUGUCGCUCAACAUAAACAUUAAGGAGCCGAGAUGGGACCAGGGGACCUUCAUGGGACGCGCCAAACACUUCUUCAUGGUCACAGAUCCCAGGAAUGUCCUGCUGUCCUCUGAGAAGCUGGAAGAAGCCAGAGUAAUCGUAGAGAACUACAGAGCUGGAACCGUGACUCCUGGCCUGACCGAGGAUGAACUUUGGAGAGCCAAGUACAUUUACGACUCUGCUUUCCAUCCCGACACUGGAGAGAAGAUGUUUGUGAUUGGUCGGAUGUCUGCUCAGGUGCCAAUGAACAUGUCCAUCACAGGCUGCAUGCUCACCUUCUACAGGACUACUCCAGCAGUUGUGUUCUGGCAGUGGGUUAACCAGUCCUUCAACGCCAUUGUCAAUUACACCAACCGCAGUGGAGACGCUCCCAUCACCAUGAACCAGCUUGGCGCCGCUUACGUUAGUGCCACUACAGGAGCUGUGGUCACCGCGCUCGGACUCAAGUCUCUAGCUACGCGUCUUCCCCCAAUCGUCAGUCGGUUUGUCCCUUUUGCUGCCGUGGCUGCUGCCAACUGUAUUAAUAUUCCCUUCAUGAGACAGAGGGAGCUGAAGUAUGGGAUCCCGGUGAUGGAUGAGAAUGGAAACCGGUUAGGAGAAUCUGCCAACGCUGCCAAACAAGCCAUCGUUCAGGUGGUUGUGUCCAGGAUUGGCAUGGCGGUGCCUGCAAUGGCCAUUCCUCCUGUUAUAAUGAACGCUCUGGAGAAGAAAGCCUUCAUGAAGCGUUUCCCAAUUCUGAAUGCUCCUGUCCAAGUGGGGCUCGUCGGUUUGUGCCUGGUGUUUGCAACGCCUCUCUGCUGUGCCCUGUUCCCUCAGAAAAGCUCCAUGAGCGUGAGCGGACUGGAGGCAGAUCUGCAGGAGAGGAUACGGCAGCUAAGUCCAGAAACCACCACCGUCUACUUCAACAAGGGCCUGUAGGCACAUGAGCAGGAAACAUGCAAACACACACAGACACAUGUCUGUUAUCAUGGGCAUGAGUGAGAGUAAAAAAAAACAUUUAUUUAUGCUUUUGCAGUCAUUUUUAUUUUUGGUAUAUAUUCGGUUCUUGUAUUUUUAUUUCGUCUUCCUCUUGAUGGAUAACACAGGAAGCUGAUAACCACUGACUGGGGGUUUACUUCAUGCUACCUUUAAUGUCCUACUAGAAUAUCCAAGUUAUAAAUGAAGGUUUUUCCUGUAACGUUGCCUUUGUGUGUUAUCUUUGUUUUGACCGGGGUUUUCAACCUGUGGCUCUAUAAGCCUUCCCAAUUGACUCUUAAUAUCUUGAAAAACAGAACUCAACUGUGGUUUAAAUCUAAAUGUGAUACAAAGUAAUACUUUCACCUUGUUUCUCUGUUUUCUUGUCAAAUUUGCACAGAAUCUCCAUAAUAUAACAAGUAAUAGUACAAAGGUUAUUUUUUUUACAUUAGGCCAUGACCUGGUGUGUUUUCCCUUAGUUAUUCAGAAAUAUGAAACUUCAUCUAAACCAUAAAAUUGUGAUUUAUUUUUUUUUUUAACCAUAAAACAAGCACAUGUUAAAUAGUGGGAAUAACACUGCAAAUAAUUAUGUUAUUAAUCUAUUAUUCUAUCAAUUACUCUGACAAUCGGAUAAAAUAAUUGGCACCUUCUGUAGAUUUUUUUAUGUCUAAUAUUGUAUGUUAUACAAAUUUAGAAAUACAUUAAAAUAUAAAAAUAAAUGCAAAUAAUCAAAUUCCCUUUUAAAUAAGAAAAACAAUGCCGUAAGUGCAACAACAGCAUUGGUUCAAUGUAAGCUAGAUCAUUUGUUGCAAAAGAUUAAUCUGCAGUUAAAAAAUAUAUACUUUUAACAUCAACAUGUGAAAAGCUUGACUUGGCCUCAUUACACUGUAGGGCUGAUGUGUUGACUAUUUUAUGAAUUAUCUGAUUAAUAAUUGGAUAGCAAAAUGUUCUAUUAGAAGAUUUUUUUUACAGUAUUUGAACCAGGUAAAGCUAAAACAUUGCCACAUUUUUUUAACACGUAUUUACAGACAAAAAAUAAAUGUAAAUUGUUUGUACAGGUUUGGUUUAAUUACUGCUGUGGGUAUUUUGUUCUUUUAGCAUAUGGCAUGUUUUAGAGUCUGUAUGCUCCAGUUAACAAUUAGCCAAUUACUAAAUUAGUUGGCAAUUAUUUCAAUAAUCGAUUCAUCACAAUUAAUCUGAUCCAUCCUUUCAGCCCUAAGUGGGUAUUUAUAAAAUUGAUCAGUCUUUGAAUGGUCAUGCAGGUUUUGCAGAUCAGUACAGAACUAAUUUAAGAGCAACUAAGUGAUAAAUGAUUCAUAAAGGUUUCUAACCCCUAGUUAACACAUCACACAAGCUACGUGGUGUAAAAUUUUUGCUUCUGUUUUUUGCUAAAGAAAAUAAUUCCCUGAUCUAAGUUCCUGUUUUGUAUUAUGCAGCCUCUCAUUAACAGGAGCAGCUCUCUUCAACUGUCCUUCCAAGUGUACUUAAACCUUUAGGUACAUAUGCCUCAGAAAACGUUUAGAGGACAUAGAUGAGUGGAAUCUAAUGAGUGUAGUUUAUAUUACUCUAGAGAAGCCCCACUGUUUUUUUUUUUGUUUGUUGUUUGUUUUUUUUACAUUAUGUUGUGCUGUUAUCUACACGUUGCUCACAGGAAGGAAGCAAAAACUGCACUUAUCUAACUUCAAAAUCCCCGUCUUACUUUUAUGUGUAUAUAUAAUUCAGAUAACCGGUGCCGACAUAUAGGCACCUGAAAUCUUUCAAACAAACUUCUCCCUCUCCUUCAUUUAAAUUAAAAAUAUAGUAAAAAGUUGUU